ACAGGUGAGUGCAGAAUGCUAGUAGUAGACUAGUCAUCCCUACUUUAUCGCUUAGCAUCCUCAUAAACACAACAUGCGAUUGAUACUUGAGUCACCAAUAAUCUGUAUAGUGAAGCCACACAACUACAAUCUAUAGGUCAGAAGAUAGUGAAAGCUAUUAGUCUUUGGGAAAAACAAAUUACAUGUGGCUUUAAAAGUAGGUGUUAGAAAACAUCUAUGAGUGUCAAUUCACACAGUAGCUUCAUGAAUGUUACACAACUCAAAAUGAAGCUAAUGCACCAAUUUUUUCUUUACUUGAUGCCUUUAAACAUUUGUUCCAGCAAUGAUCAGAAUAAUGCAUUUGAAGGACUAUGUUUUAGGCAGUUGCAUUGAUAGGGACAUUCAUAUCGCAUUGUAGUGUCUUGCUUUUUGAACUAUUGUGUGACUGCUAUUUCUGCUUUGCAGUGCUAUUGGCCAAAAUCUGUAAACAAGUACUUAUGUUUGGGAGAUUUGCUUUGUGGUUCUCAUUUCCAUCUGUGGCUUGGUUUUAUUUUCACUUCUCAUUGGGUAAUAUGCAGGUUAGUACUAAUUCUCAUUUCCAUUUGUGGCUUGGCGUUAUUUUCAAUUCUCCUUGGCAAUAUGCAAGUAACUAAAUCCUCAACCAUCUCAUGGCCAACAUUAAUUUGAGUCAGCAUAAACCUUUGGAUCCUCUUUUUGAAAGGUAUAUUGGCUCUCCGUAUUAUGCAUUGAAAGGCACAACUCCUAAUCUUUGCAAAUCAUGGUGUAACAUGUCAAUCUCCAAGUCUCGAUGAGUGGAUGGUGUGCCUGUUUUUUCUUGUUUAUUUGAGAAGCGCAAUGCGAUAUGCUGGCUCAAUAUUGAGGGAAAUGAUUGGCAAAUAUUCUAUUCCAUUGAAAUUGGGAUUGUCUACUAUCCUUUUCAAUCUGGCAUGCUUAAGUCUUUUGUUGAUAUUGUUAAGAAAAAACAUCCGUAAAUUCUUGCAAGUUUUAUGCUUGAGUGGAAUACAGUUUUAUUUAUUUAUUAUUUCAUACUGUUGUGAUUGAACUGAUUGUUACAUCCAUGCAGGGCUUAGAGUGGAAGGAGAAAGUAGAAGAAUCUUCAACUAGAACGAUGUCUCUAAGCUUAAAAACAGUGUUUGAGCAGCUUGCAGUGGAAGUUGAGCCUAGUACCUCAGAAGCAUUGGAUCAAGAGAGAGAAGUGUUCCCAGAUCUACCAAAUGAAGUUACCCAAGCAAGGUCAGCCUAAGCGGCAUCUUCUUACAACUGGAUGGAGUGUGUUUGCAAGUGCAAAGAGGCUUGUUGCAGGAAAGAAAAGAAUCAGUUAUUCCUUGGAACCCGGUGUGCUAAUCAGCCACAAACAGUCAUGUCGGUUUUAUCAAGUGAUAGCAUGCAUAUAGGGCUCCUUGCUGCAGCAGCUCAUGCAGCCGCCGCAAAUAGUCGUUUCACUAUUUUUUAUAACCCAGGGGCAAGCCCAUUUGAAUUUGUCAUACCUCUAGCCAAAUAUGCUAAAGCAGUCUACCACACCCGUGUUUCAGUUGGCAUGCGCUUUCGGAUGCUAUUUGAGACAGAAGAGUCAAGUGUGCGUCGGCUAAAAUAAUUGGAAGGGCAGGGUUCCCAAAGUUUGAUGAAUAUGUUCCCAUGGUAGACA